AUGAGGUUCAACUUCUUGAAGGAGGAGCUCCUUCGCGAGGGUGGGCUGGAUGUGACGAUGAUGCAGCUCCGCAAAGAGUUCCCGGGAGAGGAUGGUGAGGAGUUCAUCAAGAUCAUUACAGCAGGACAGGAGGGAAUUCCUCACCCCCAGGCUCCAAACUUCGAGCCUGCUAAGCGCUACAGAGUCUUGAAAGACACGAUGAACGAUCGUGGCAAGGUUCGAAGCAGUCAGACUGAGAUCGAGAUGGCCGGUGUGGUCGCCGACGGUGACCGGGCGUCCUUGGAGCCCGCUCUGAAUGAUUUUGCGGAGACGCUGGGCAAGUCGAUGGGCGCUUUCGAGGAGCUGCGCAUAAAGCCCAAGAAACAGGCCAAGGUCUUGACCCCGGAAGAGCAAGCUGACAAGAAACUGCAGAAGAUCUUCAAAGGGCUCGUCACUGCAGAGAAGAAGCUGAUGAGUUUGGUCGAGGACCUGAGAGCUGUGCCCUACUCGGAGGAGCUCCGGCAGGUUUUGACGAAGUAUGUGGAUGAUGUGAAAGUGAUGCCGGGCGAGUGGGAUAAGAAGAUUCAUCCUGCGAGCAGCUUGGAAGACAAGAUGUCUGCAAUCAGCCUCCUCGAGGAGGAUCUAAAGCCUAUCAACGAAGGGAUGCGAGAGGCCCGUCGGCGGAUCGGCAAGGCACCCAAGCAAAGCUCAGAUGCCGAAACAGAUUAA